GGGCAGACGCGACUCAGGCACAAACGGACUUCCACCAAGCGAAGCAGCCAUGUCCUCGCGCGCCGGACGGGCCAAGCAGCAGAAUGCACUUGCAGAACUCCGUGCACUCAAGCAGGCCGGAAAACGUCGUAUAGAUAGCUACAAGGACCAGGUAGAAGAGGACAUCUACGAAGAAGUAGACGAAGAAGGCUACAGGAAGGUCGUACGCGACAGGCUCGACAAGGACGACUUUGUGGUGGAUGACGACGGGAUUGGCUAUGCGGACAACGGUCAGGAUGAGUGGGAACGCGCAGAAGAGUAUGGUUCAGAUGAAGAACAGCAGAAUGGCAAAAACAGCAAGAAGGGCGCAAAGGCCAAGAGCAAGGGAAAGAGGCAGGACGAAAACGCGCCAGUCGACAAGAUCAGCAAGUACCUGGUCAAGAAGCCAGCAGCUGCAGCAGCGCCAGUCAAAGCGACAACGACAGAGCAGGACAAUGACUUCAUGGCAGGCCUCUUGGCUGAUCAUAUCGCGCCUACCAAUGCUGUGCCUGCGCGGAGAAAGGCCCGAGACACAGAGUCAGCAGUGAGACCUGCCAAGAAGCGCGCGGCGUCUCCACCUCUGCGCUCUGCCGUGCACAAACGCACUACUUCCCAUAUGAAUGGCUCUCUCGGACUUAGCCACGCGAAUGGCAAUUCCCGUGCAUCUUAUGACAAUGACGAUCAUGGCAUGGAACCGCAACAGGACGAUACGGACAUGCCUGAUGCACCCGCACCGUCUUCGCCCACAACGCUUGCAGCGAGUCGGAAGCACAAAGCUCUAUCAGAUGACGAUGACGAGGAAGAUUUUGCAGUCAAAGCGCCACAAGCAUUCAAGGGGAAAAUCGCACCGACCGUCAACUUGUCUGCAUCACGACCUAUGCCCAAAGCUGAGCCCGUCUCAUCCCCUGGACAUGUGCCGAGCUCAGAUGCCGUGGACACAGCAUGGCAAGAUGUCAACAAGACACUCACUAUAGAGUCAUCUCCUGCAAGAGCGCCCGUAGGCAAGCUUGAUGCAACUGACGUUGUCCUUGAGGAUGGCACCAUUCUCUUUUACUGGACAGACUAUCUCGAGAUCAAUGGUGUCUUGUGCUUGUUUGGCAAAGUACACAACCACAACACAGACACUUAUGCUUCUGCCUUUUGCCGUGUCAGCGGAAUACUUCGCAACCUCUUCUUCCUACCCCGGGACCAUGUGCGGAGUGAACCAGACAGAGAGGUAACCAUGGCUGACCUGCAUGCUGAAGUAACCACGGUCAUGAGCAGGCAUCAAAUCACAGAAUUCAAGGCAAAGAAGAGUACACGCAAGUACGCCUUUGAGCUGCCCAAUAUUCCUGCAGAGAGUGAUUACCUCAAGGUGCUUUAUGAUUACAAAGGCUCAACUCUGCCCAUUGAUUUGCAAGGAGAAUGCUUCAGCCACGUCUUCGGCACCAAUACUGCACUCUUUGAGCAAUUUGUCCUCUUCAGGCGGGUCCUUGGACCGUGCUGGCUCCGCAUCAGCAAACCAGACUUCAAAGUUGGCGUGAAUACAACAUGGACGCGCUUUGAGUUUGGUGUCAAUGACCCAGAGCACGUCUCGCCCAUAUCAGAGCCUGCAAAGGAAGCGCUCCCUGACUCACCGCCCAUGACCAUCAUGUCUGUUGCGUUGAGAACAGUGCUCAACAAGCAGGACAACAAGACUGAAAUCGUUGUGGCGAGUGCACGAACAUACAACAAUGUCAGUUUGGACAACCCGAUGCCAGCUGAUAAGCUGCCUUGCACGAGCUACACGGUCGUUAGACCUCCUUCGAAUGUCUUUCCAAACGGAUUUGAAAGUGAGGCGAAACGUCAAAAUAUCGCCACCGAGCGCAGCGAAACAGCUUUGCUCAACAAUUUCAUUGCGAGAUGGCACAUGUCUGACCCGGAUAUCGUCAUUGGACAUGACUGGGAAUCCGUUGGCUUUGGUGUCUUGCUGGCAAGACUCAAGGAGAAGAAAAUCACAACAUGGCACCGUGUCGGUCGAUACAAACGGUCAGAAUGGCCGCGUGCAAUUGGCAGAGCUGGCUUUUUCGCAGAGCGGCAACUUGCUGUCGGUCGGCUCAUGUGCGAUUUGUCCAAUGACCUCGGUCGAUCCAUUAUCCGCGCACAGUCCUGGACGUUGACGGAGAUUUGCAAGCUUGAACUUGGCAUUACGCGUCCAGAAGUUGACAAUGAAAAGGCGGCAACCGCAUUGACAGAGACUGCCAGGGGUUUACUUGAUUUCACAAUGCGCUGCAGUAUGGACACGUAUUACCAGACUGCUAUUGCUAUUCAGGUACAGAUUCUCCCGCUAUCGAAACAGCUCACCUGCUUGGCCGGCAACUCUUGGGCAGCUACUUUGAGUGGUACACGCGCUCAGCGUAACGAGUUUAUUCUCCUGCAUGAGUUUCACAAAAACAAGUACAUCUGCCCCGACAAGUCCUGGGGCAAGCAAAAAGCCACGGUGGACGAGGAGAAUGAGGACGGUGACGCACCGGCUGGCAAGAAGAAGGACAAAUUCAAGGGAGGACUCGUGUUUGAGCCUGAAAAGGGCUUGUAUGACAAGUUCAUCCUUGUCAUGGACUUCAAUUCGCUCUACCCUUCCAUCAUUCAGGAGUACAACAUUUGCUUCACCACUGUUGUCCGCACUGACGAGCAUGAUGCAUCUGGAGAAGAAGUGGUGCCGGAUCCACCGCCAGGCGAUGUGGCACAAGGUAUCCUACCGCGACUGAUUGCCACACUUGUUGAGCGUCGGCGCGAAGUCAAGAAGCUCUUCAAGAUGAAGGACGCUACGGAUGCACAAAAGGCAGGGUGGGAGAUUCGGCAACUAGCACUCAAGCUGACUGCCAACUCUAUGUACGGAUGUCUGGGAUACACGCGCUCUCGCUUCUAUGCAAGGCCGCUUGCCAUGUUGACUACUUUCAAGGGCCGUGAAGUUUUGACCAACACAAAAGAGCUGGCCGAUGAUCAGCAGCUGCAAGUUAUUUAUGGUGACACAGACUCGGUCAUGAUCAACACUAACGUCGAUAACUACCAAGACGCCGUGAAAAUUGGAAAUGAGUUCAAGAAGAAUGUCAACGAGCGCUACAGACUACUGGAGAUUGACAUUGACAAUGUCUUCCAACGCAUGCUCUUGCAUGCCAAGAAGAAGUAUGCCGCACUAGUCUUGAUGGAAGAACGAGGCAAGUUGGUCGCCAAGACGGAAGUCAAAGGUCUUGAUAUGCGGCGCAGAGAGUAUUGUAUGCUAUCAAAGGAAGCGUCGCAGUACUGUCUCGAUCGCAUCCUUUCUGGUGAGCAGACAGAGCUUGUGGUGGAACAGAUUCACGAUUACCUACGCGAAUUCAGCGGCAAGAUGCGCAAUGGUGACUUCUCCAAGGGCAAGUUCAUCAUCCUCAACAAGCUCGGUAAAGAGCCUGAAGCUUAUCCCAAUGGCAAGACGAUGCCGCAUGUUCAAGUGGCCCUCAAGCGUCGUGCAAAAGGCGAUCCAGUCCGCGUCAACGACGUGAUGCAGUACAUCAUCACCGGCGAGCCAGGCGAUGACCGACAUGUCGCAGAGCGAGCCUACCCAGCAGGUGAUGUGACCAAGUCCAACUCGGAGCUCAAGAUUGACUAUGAAUGGUACCUUGCGCAUCAAAUUCUGCCACCGCUCGAACGUCUUUGUGCACCCAUUGAGGGGACUGACCGUGUUCGCAUUGCAGAGUGUCUUGGACUUGAUCCAAACAAGUACAAGUUGCAUGAAGUGCAUGAACAGCAAGCGCGCGAAUUGACGUUGUUUGAGUCGACCAUCUCUGAUGCAGAUCGAUUCGCCGAUGCAGAGCCGUUGCGAUUGCGAUGCCGAGAAUGUGCUCACGAAGCGACAUACGCUGGUUUGGUGACAUGUCCGCUGAUGGCUUCACCACAGGGCCUGCAAUGCCAUCGCUGCAGCAAGCCCUUGAAGCCAGCAUCCAUUGAGGCUCAGCUGCAAGCACAAAUUUGCAAGUUCAUCUCGCAGUACUACGAGAACUGGCUCGUAUGCGAUGAUUCUGCGUGUGGCACGCGGACGCAGCAGUGCGGUGUGUAUGGGCGGCGCUGCUUGGAUCCUGGCUGUCGUGGUGUGAUGGCGUAUGCGUACAACGACAAGAUGCUGUACAAUCAGCUGCUGUACUUUGACCAUCUCUUCGAUGUGGACAAGGCCAUGUUGGGUGCUACUGUGGCUGCACUUGGGUCAGAGGAGCAAGCCCAGCAGCUGAAGGUGAAUGCUGAGCAGUUGCGUGUGCCCUUUGAGCGUUACCGGUUGCUUGUAAAUAGCUACUUGCGCAAGUGUGGCAGGCGGUACGUGGAUAUGGCUGGGCUGUUUGCGUUUUGCAGUGCGUAGCUUGAUGCAUAGUCAGCAGACAUAGCAGAUACUAUUCACAAUCAUGACAACUUG